CAGCACAACAGAAACAAGAACACAAGGUCACAAGCUGCUACCUCGAUACUGCACUUCAGCCAGCUGCAGCUUAAUUAAGCUCAGCGAGAGUUGCAAUGAAGACAAUGCAAGCCCCAGCGGCAUCUUCCAAGAUCGUGCUCGUGAUGCUCCUGCUCGCCUUGGGCUUGGCGGGGGCAGCCGCCGACAGCAGCCGGAGGAGGCUCGUCUCCAGCAGCUCCGACGAGCCGUGCAAGCAGAUGACGCUCUACCUCCACGACAUCCUCUACAACGGCGUCAACAACACUGCCAACGCGACGGCGGCGCCGGCCACCAAGCCGACGGACCUGAGCACGUCGCACUGGAGCAACGGCACCUUCUUCGGCAUGCUGGUGGUGUUCGACGACCUGGUCACGGAGGGGACGGCGCUGCCGGUGGGGGACGAGGAGCCGGCGGCGCGCGCGCAGGGCUUCUACUUCUACGACAAGAAGGAGUCGUACAACGCGUGGUUCACCUUCUCCCUCGUGUUCGACUCCAAGGCGUACAAGGGCACCCUCAACCUCAUGGGCGCCGACCUCAUGGACGACGAGACGCGCGACCUCUCCGUCGUGGGCGGCACCGGCGACUUCUUCAUGGCGCGUGGCAUCGCCACCAUCCGCACCGACGCCACCGAGGGCUACUUCUACUUCCGCCUCAAGAUGGACAUCAAGCUCUACGAGUGCUACGUCUGAUCUGAUAAGUUAUCAAGAUGGUUUAUGACACGCACGCACGCAUGUGCCGAUAAGGAUCAAGGAGUGAUGUUGGUGCUGUUGUUUUUCUUUGUGUGAUGAGUUGCAUGCAUGGGCAUGUGGAUUUUGUGUCAUUGGUCUAUGUUUCACGCCCACAAGAGUUUUAAUCGUACUAGAUGACCUGUCGCGCCAUUUGGCACGCGAAACAAAUUUGAAGCAAGAACUAAAAGAGAUUACUUUGCUUUUCUUGGUAGCGGACGAUGUUGAUGUAUACUCUUUUGCGAAGUGUCGUGGAUCUGUAUAAAAAUAUUUUUUUUCUCAUUUGUAAUAUAUGAAACUGAUAGAAUUGACGCAAAAGCCCAAGAAGAACAAAAUGCAAAUGUUUGAGUUUGCAAUUAGAAGAUUCAAGUAGCUAUAUACGCAGGUGGCACAAUAAAAUGCACUAAAGACAUGAUAAUAUAGAGCAUUGUGUCGAGGAGCACUUCUUAGUGAUAGUGGUCAAUUACAUCAUAUACUCCCUCCGUCCGAAAAAGUUUGUCCCAAGCUUGUUCCUCAAAUGGAUGUAUCUAGCACUAACUUGAUGCUACAUACAUUCAUUUGAGGGACACGCUUUUUCGGAUGGAGGGAGUAGUAAUUUUGAUAUACACACUGAAGUUGCUAAACACAGUCGGUCAGUAAAUAAUAACACGGAUGCAUCAAAGGCAUAUUUCCGUGUAAUCAAAAGAUGGCUGAAAGUUUUUCAUGUUGUU